GCAGUCGCGGCGUGUCAGGCCCAGGGCGCCCCGCGGGGGCGUGUGCGCCGCGCGCGUGCGGGCCAGGCUGGCCGCGGGGCGGUACCUCCCCCGACCCGGCGUCUGUUUACCAACAAACUGCCAGCGCUCGGCAGCGACGCAUUCCGACUAGCUGAAUAAGCACCGCGCUGGCGGUCUGGUCUCGAAUCCCCUGCGGGUCGGUGGCAGCGGGAUCAGAACGGCGGUGCAGGUCCCCGAGCGCUGGAGAGCGCGCCUGCGGUGCCCUGAGCCCCCGCAGCCGCCGCGCCUCCGCCACGGCCCUGCUCCCUUCGCCCCGGGCCGUACCGGCCCCGCCAGCUCUCUCGCAUUUCUGCCGUUGAGACCGAGGUUUCCAGACUGCCCCAGUCGCCACGACACCGCAGCAGCCCUCUCGGAGAGCCCCCGAGGUAGCUGGGCCUGGAGCGCGCGCACCGCCCCUCCGAUCUCUCAGUUCUGAAUUUCCCUACCGCGGGCUGCCCCGGGGGGCGGGCCCCGGCUCCAGCCUCGGUGAGGUCACCGCGUGCGGCAGCCAAUCCGCGGCGUCUAAGUGGGCGGUGCCCCCGUCGGGUCCCGGGAACCGUACCCAAGAGCUAGACGAGGGGGGCCCCAUGGAUUUAGGGGGGAGGGGAAAAGCCAUGGGGGGCACCCCUUCGGAACCCCUUUCCCAGGCGCGCGCUCUCCGCUGGAAGAGGUGCAGAGAGACACUUUCCCGGGAAUCUUAAGUGUGCGGGAGGCUGGCCGGGGGCUCAUCCGGUCCCAACGCCCGAGGUUCGGAAAAAAGAGAGUUGGCGGAGGGAGCGGACUACGUGCCGGGCCAUGGCCUAGGCCCUUCGGCCUCGGCCCCGGCCGCAAUGACCUCUUUGCCCUGCCCCCUCCCUGGCCGGGACGCCUCCAAAGCCAUCUUCUCGGACUUCGCCCCUGUCCCAUCGGUAGUGGCUACCUACCCGCUUGGCCUGUCCCCCGCAACCUCAGUCGCCUCCGAUCUGCCCUACUCUGGGCCUUAUGGCCACCUCCUGUCCUACUCCUACACUGCGCCGGCGACCCCGGGAGACUCCUACCUGCCCUGCCAGCAACCGGCGGCGCCCUCUCAGCCGGAGCCGAAGGCAGACUCGGAGAAGCCGCCGCUGUCCCCGGAGUCCUCGGAGCAGCGCCGGCAGGCCCCGACCAAGAAGCUCCGCAAGCCGAGGACCAUCUACUCGAGUCUGCAGCUGCAGCACCUGAACCAGCGUUUCCAGCACACGCAGUACCUGGCGCUGCCCGAGAGGGCCCAGCUGGCCGCGCAGCUCGGCCUCACCCAGACGCAGGUAAAGAUCUGGUUUCAGAACAAACGCUCCAAAUACAAGAAGCUCCGGAAGCAGAGCUCUGGAGAACAGGAAGGGGGCUUCCCUGGGAGACCCCCCUCCUUGUCUCCCUGCUCCCCGCCCCUUCCAUCCCUCUGGGAUCUGCCCAAGGCGGGGGCCCUGCCCACCGGUGGCUACCGCAACAGCUUUGGAGCCUGGUAUCAGCAUCACUCCCCAGAUGUCCUGGCUCCAUCUCAGAUGAUGUGAGACCUGAGAAGGGUGGGUCGGGCCCCCCCCCGUGGGUCGGCCCCCCCCCAAUCCUCCACAAAGCCCAGGACGCAGCUCACCUGCACCCCUUCUGGUCCCGGAGGAAACCAGCUCCAGAUGGGGUUUCUCAAGUGGACAAGGAGUUAGAGGAGAACAAGCAUGGGGUGGAGUCCUGUCUCCCUUGCCCUGUAACCCAAACAGCCUAAUCAAUGACUUUGGUCUUCGCCACUGCCCCCCACCACGACCGUGGACAGAGGCUCUGGAGGGAGAGUCAUUGGCUGAAGUUCAGACUCCUCCCAGGACCCCUAGUCUUCCCACCCUUUCCCUGGACUGCAGGCUACCACAGCCUGGCAGCAAAACCAAGAAACACUCGAGUAUUUUUUCCUCUCUGUGUGCCUUGGGCCUCGCCCAGCCCUGUUAUGAGCAAAAGCGGAAGUGAAGUGGGCAUCCCAAGCCUUCAAGAUGAGCGCCAUGACGCGCUCACCGAUUUUUCUGGAGGUCGGCCCGUUGCCCCCGUGACUGACACACCUCGGCACCAUCUCGUGAGGUAGAAGAGACGCCAAGAAUGUGGAGUUUGUGGACUUGUGGGCAAUUCACGCUCUUCUCCUAAAAAAGCCUUGUUCCUCCCGUGUCUGUUCAGUUGUGGUAGAUAACACAUCCAAUGAUCCUUAUGAUUCAAUGGGUAUUUAUUAAGAGUCUAUCCCCUCCUUUCCCACCCGUAAUACCCAACAUCCCCACAGGCACACCCUCUUGGGAACCCGUAGGGUAACAUUUUGGGGAGAAUGGGGGGCAAAUGGACUCUCUGGAUGAGUGUAAGUAGAGACACCCCCAAAUACGGAGGGUGGGCUGGCAGUUCAGCUCCUCACAGCCGUCUCUGUCCAAAGGAACUGCUCCUAUUUAUAACCCACCUAGCGUCCCGCACACCCGGAGCUUUCGGAGAUUAAAUCUGUACAGAAGCCUGGGCCCUGGCUGUGCG